GACACGCAGUGAGAAGCAGGAGUGGUGCAACACAACUCCUGGUGCUGCAGGAGCUUUCUGUCUCCAGCUUUCUCUCUCCAUGCUCCUUUCUCUUGCACUCCUGUCCUCCUGAAGAUGCCCAGGAGAGGAACCCUUCCUUUGGGGACGCUCCUGGUGCUGCUGCUGCUGGCAUUUGUCCCAUCCCCACUGGCAGGCUGCCUCCUGGAUCCCUGUUUGGAGAUCACCCCUAACACAACUUACAGAUGCACUGGACUGAACAUCUCUGGAGUUCCUGAUGGAGUCCCAAACACCACCCUGAACCUGGACCUCAGUUUCAGCAAUCUGAACUCACUGGGCUCAAAUUAUUUUGCAUCAGUCCCUGAGCUGCAGUUUCUGGAUCUUUCAAGGUGCCACAUCCAUACAAUAGAAGAUAACUCCUUUCUGGAUCUCCCUAGCCUUUCCACCUUGGUUUUAACUGCCAAUUCCUUCCAGCACCUGGGGAAAGCAGCUUUCCAUGGCUUAACAUCUCUGAAAAAACUGGUUCUGGUGGAAACCAACAGGACCUCUCUGUCUGAGCUGCCUAUUGGCCACUUGCAUACUCUGCAGGAGCUGAAUUUAGGCCACAACAGCAUUACUUCAUUGAAGCUUCCCAAGUAUUUCACCAACAUGACCUCCCUCAGGCACCUGAGCUUCUUCUCUAACAGGAUCACAUCUAUCUCCAGAGGAGACCUUGAUGCCCUGAGGGAAGGGAACAGGCUCAACCUCACUCUGGUGCUUUCCUUGAACAAUAUAAAAUCCAUAGAGCCGGGGGCCUUUGCAGGGAUCCACCUUGCUGAGCUGGCUCUCAGGUCUGCUUUUGAGAGCUCCAUGAUGCAAACCUCUCUGCAAGGCCUGGCUGGUUUGCAGGUCAGCAGACUCAUAGUUGGGGUGUUCAGUGACCAUGACAGAGAGCAGGACUUUGAGAGGGGGCUCUUGGAUGGGCUGUGCCAGGUGCAGAUGGAAGAGUUUGUCCUGAUCUGCCUCGGGGACUUUGAGGAUGACACAGACACUCUCUUUGACUGCGUGGGCAACGUCUCCACUAUUCGCUUGGUGGACCUGGGACUUGAGCAGAUAUCACAGGUUCCCGUGGGGUCUAAAGUGAAGCAACUGGAAUGCAAGAAAUGUAGUUUUGAUGAUGUGCCUGCCAUGAAGCUGUCGCUUUUCAAGGAGCUGAGAGUACUUCGUAUUACCAAGAACAGAAGUCUCAAAACCUUCGAGCAGAAGUUUGAGGGUCUCAGUAACCUGGAGGUCAUAGAUCUGAGUGAGAAUAGACUCACCUUCAGCAGAUGCUGUUCCCCUCAGUUUCGAAAUUGUCCAAAUUUGAAACACUUGAACUUAAGCUUCAAUUCUUACAUCAGAUUGACUGGAGAUUUCAAUAAUGUGGAGAAUUUGUUAUAUUUGGACUUUCAGCACACAACCUUAUUUGGUCCUGGCUCCUACCCUGUCUUUCUGUCCCUUCAGAGACUGAUUUACCUUGAUAUUUCCCACACCAAAACCGAAGUUAAAUCCCAGUGUACAUUUUGUGGCUUGAACUCUUUGCAAGUGCUCAAGAUGGCAGGAAACUCCUUUGCAGACAAUAAGCUGGCAAACAACUUCAAAAACCUAAGUCACCUGCACACCUUGGAUAUUUCAAGCUGCAAAUUAGAACACGUGGAUCAAAGUACUUUUGAUGCCCUCUCUGAGCUAAAAGAGCUAAACAUCAGCAACAAUAAGCUCCUGACUUUUGAUCCUGGAGUCUACCAGCCACUCCAAGCCCUCAGAGUCCUGGAUUUCAGCAGAAACCAGCUGACUGUUCUGUUGGACUCAGCCAGGGAAAUCCUGCCUGACAGCCUGCUCCUGCUGGAUAUCUCUCAGAACCUGUUUGAUUGCUCCUGUGUGUACCUGGACUUUCUGAUGUGGAUCAAGGAGAAUCAGGAGCUGCUGCAGAACAAGGAGCUGAUGCUGUGCCACACUCCCUCGUACGUGGCCAACGUCAGCCUGCCAAGCUUUGAUCUGUCCUCCUGCCACGUCGAUGCAGGCAAAGUUGCCUCCUCGGUGGUUGUGCUGCUCUGUGUUGUGGUGAUCCUCUUGCUGGUUUACAGGUACUACUUCCAGCUCUACUACUCCGUGGUGCUGCUCAGUGGCUGCAAACACUACGCAGAAAGAGGCGACACCUAUGACGCCUUUGUCAUCCACUCCAGCAAAGACCAGGAAUGGGUGACAAAGGAGCUGGUGGAACCCCUGGAAGGAGGAAGACCUCCCUUCCACCUGUGUCUGUACUACAGGGACUUCCUGCCAGGGGUGCCCAUUGUCACCAAUAUCAUCCAGGAGGGGUUUCUCAGCAGCAGGAAUGUCAUCGCAGUCAUCUCCGCUGACUUCCUGGAGAGCAAGUGGUGCAGCUUUGAGUUUGACAUUGCCCAGUCCUGGCAGCUGGUGGAGGGCAAGGCUGGCAUCAUCAUGAUCGUGCUGGAAGAUGUGAACAAGGACCUGCUGAGGCAGAGGCUGGGGCUGUCUCGGUACCUGAGGAGGAACACCUACCUGGAGUGGAAAGACAACGAGAUAAGCAAGCACAUCUUCUGGAGGCAGCUGACAGGAGUGCUGAUGGAAGGCAAAAAUUGGAAUCAUGAGGAGGCAAAACUCAUGUGAAGAGAAAGAGGAGUUCUUCCUGACCUGUCUGCCAUCCUGGACUGAUGGAUGGCGUUUAGAAGUUGGUUCUUCUUGUCGCUAUAGGACACGAAAGAACAUAAGUGCACACCGCUGUUCUCAAGGUGAAGAAAAAAGGGAAGUUUAUUUUCUGACUCCAACAUUUAUAGUUUUCCAAGAGUGACAGUGGAUUGGAGGGUGACAGUGCCACCUCUCCAAUGACACUGAACAGACCAACAAUCCAUCAACUUUCUCCUCCUCCAUAAAGGAAUGCAAAACAAUAAGUUAUUUACAGAAAGUGUGUGAGAAAGUUCACUACAAGAAUGUCAACAUCAGAAGAAAAUCUUAAAAAACCAGGGCAACACUUCUGUUGCUGUUCAGAGUCAGAGUGAGUGGAUGGAGGCUCUGCCACAUCACUACAGAAAUCCCUGCCUUGCUGGUCACCUUCUCUCAAGGAAUUUUGCAAGUUAAGGAGUGACAGGGGCCAGAAGAGCUGCCUGAGCUCUGUGUUUGGCCAUGGCUGUCACCCACAGGUGGCCCAGCAAUAGCUCAGGUUUGGUGGGUGCAGGAACAGAUCAAUGCUCUGACUGUCAUCUGGCUGCUUCUGAAACUGGAUUUGGGUCCUGAGACCAUUUUCGGAGGAACUUCACAGUCUGCUGCUUUGAGUGGACCUCAGAAUCUCAAAGGCAGAGUAAAGACACAGCAAUUUCAUCUCUAAAAACAAAAAAACAAGGCUUGGAUGCUGAAAGUCUUGUGCCUGCCUCCAUGGGCACCAUGACUUGGGACAAACCCUCCAGGGAGCAAUGGGACAUCCUACAGCCCCAGCUGGCAGCUGCUCAGGGAACCUGAGUACUUUUGCCAUCAGGGAGGGACGUUUCUGUGGUUGGGAAAUUUGCCCAACAUGUUUCUUUCCGGUUUUUUUUAGACCAAGACCAAAUAUUGAAACCAUCACCUGAAAAUCUUACUUAUAUCCAGAUUAUAUAGCAUUUGAGAGGGCAUUUUGGAGUUUGCAUGGGGGGGACAAGAAAUGUGUUAACACCUCUAAACUGAAAUAUUUCUUUGCUCCCACUGCUUCUCCUCAUCCAGUGUUUGUGGAUAUGCUCUGAGACUGCCCUAAACAAGCAAAAUUGAUCCUGAACAAAGUGUUUUGAUGUUUACAGAUAGCCAGUUCUAGAUUAAGCUUUUUCACUCUCUGGAUGAGCCUUAACUGACUGUUGGAAGGUGCUGCAAGAGCCUCCAGGGUUUGAGAUGGGGUUCAGAUCUGCCUGCCUGUUUCCCCACCUGGAAUUGUACAGGGCGAGGGAGUUUUGCUUUGGUUUCACUGCGAACACGCCUGGCAUUUUGCAGGGAGGGGAAAAGUCUGGGUUAGCUGAACUAAAGGGCCCCAGCAGCGUCCUGAAUCAAGGGCAGGAAAGUUUGAAUGCCAUGGAAUCCCAACACAGAGCACAUCAUUGAUGUGUGGGAUAGGGCAUGGGGAAGGGAUAUUGCUCUCUUUUUGCCAAAGGCUUUGAUUGGUAUCCAUCACUGAAUUACACUGAAUUAAUCUUGCAAAUCCUUCUAUGAUCAGGGAUGUUCUGCAGAGGUAAAACAGAAGCAACUGAGUGGUGAAUCAGAUCUGAUGUUUAUCCACUCCGUUCUCUAAGCACCAGACAGGGACAUUUCCAUGGAAGCAGGAUCAGGGAUCAACAUCAGACACUGUUGGGCAGAGAGGGAGAGCCAGUUCCAGGCCUUGUGCUGGCAAAAGUUGAAUCACAUUUCCCUCUCUAUGUACUGUGUCAUACAAGACUAUCAAAACCCCCCAUAAGCUUCUUUUGUGACUCAGGAGAUGAAGAUUUAAUAAAACCACGCUUGAUGCUGCUUCCCUUUGCCCAGAGAGUUUGUUCUGCAUCUGCUAAUCCCAAAUUGAAGUUCUCCUCACCUCUGCUGGCAUUGAUGGAUCCUGCAGACCUUCCUCCUCACCUUCCACCCCCACCUUCCUCCUCCUCCUCCUCCAGGAUGGGAUGGUGGGGACAGAGAACCUCGAGGUUCACUGCACUGAGGCCAAAGGAGGGCACAGUGGACAAAGCAAAGCUUAGCCUGAAUUUCAGCAGCUCCAAGUUAAAUUUGGAAACAAAAGAGGAAAAAUUAAAAAGAGUGGGAGUUGCUGUUCCUGAAUUGAGCAGCACUGAAGGUGCAUUUCUCCUUCACUCUUUCUCUCUGCGGCUCCUCUGCAAACAAUGCAGUGGAUGUGUAUUUCUGGCACAAAGCACAGAGUCCUAUGAUUCUUGAUUGUAAUUAUAACAAUGAGUUUCAGAAAGCCUGAGAGUGGUUCUGGGCAUUUAUAAAAGGGAUUUAGGACAGCAUUGUUUAAAAAGUCAGUGUUUUCUUUGAAUAUCAAAGCAAUUUUAGGAGAGCUGAAGUGAUGCUGAGACGAAGCUCCCACCAGUACAAUUUUAAAAGAAACUGGUCACUUGUUUUUCUCUUCCUAUUCAGAGUCUCCACGGCAGACAUGAAUACCUGAGUUGCCCCUGGCUUCCUUAUUGUCCAAGAAAAAUCCACAAAACCCAUCACAACUUCAGCUGCCCCUCUCUGGUCCCUUCCAGCCUCACCCACUCUGUGAUUCUGUGACCUGCCCAGGCAGUGCUGAGGUUUAUGAGUCCAAGAUGGACAAGGCUGUGUGAAGGAUUGUAUUUUCACCAUUUACCCAGCAGAGAAAUUGUAGAUCUUUUUUUGGAAGAUUCAAACCAGCUUUCCCCAAUACUAUAAAUGGGGGAAUAUUGUGACGGCGUUCACAGGGGUCUUAGGAUGAGGGAAGAGAUGAGGAUCUGACUCCAUGUUUCA